AUGAAGAUCGCCGACGUCACAGCCCUAGCCCGGCUGCCCUCCACCGGCUUCGCUGCCUGCGGCACUACUUACUCAGGCAGUCAAGUCGAUGGUACACCACUCCAUGCUAUCGUGCUCGAUUUGGGUACCGACGCCGCCAAUGUCACUGCUACUUAUGCCGAUGGCUCCGACGUCCCCUCUACCAAGAAAUGGGUCACCCAGUCUGUCUACACUCAGCUUGAUGAUGGCAUCACACGUGCCAACUCGGUGCUUUCUUCUGCGAACAGCUCGGCCGUCCUACUCGAUUACCAGACCUAA